ACUAAAUUUCUUUUUUAUAGAUGGUGAAAACUUUUGGACUUAUGAAGGUAUACAUGCAGUUUUAACAUCAGAGUAAAUUCUUUCCGGAUUGGGUUAUAAGACAAGCACACAUAUGUGAAUUGAAUACUAGCAGAAAAGAUUUUCUAUUUCCAGACUCAGUUUAUCACGUUGAUUGGGAUGAUGUUCUUCACAAUCGUACUCCCCGCAACAAAUAUUCUAUAUGGCAGGUAGGUGGAAGUAAAGUAAACCUUAUCUAUUGAUGGGUUGCUCUAUCAGUUCUUAACUGUUCUCCCUGGAGGUCCAGUAAGGAUCGUCUCUUAUUAAUUGAUCCAGUAUUACAGUACUAUAGGGAGGAAACCUAAACUAAACUAACUUUAUUUAUACUGGAUAACUCUAUCAUUUCUUAACUGCUCUCCCUAGAGAUUCAGUUUGGAUAUCUUUUAUUGAUCCAGUGUUACUACAGGAGAAAAACUAAACUAACUUUAUUUAUACUGGCUAACUCUAUCAUUUCUUAACUGCUCUCCCUAUAGAUUCAGUUUGGAUAUCUUUUAUUGAUCCAGUGUUACUACAGGAGAAAAACUAAACUAACUUUAUUUAUACUGGCUAACUCUAUCAUUUCUUAACUGCUCUCCCUAUAGAUUCAGUUUGGAUAUCUUUUAUUGAUCCAGUUUUACUACAGGAGAAAAACUAAACUAACUUUAUUUAUACUGGCUAACUCUAUCAUUUCUUAACUGCUCUCCCUAUAGAUUCAGUUUGGAUAUCUUUUAUUGAUCCAGUGUUACUACAGGAGAAAAACUAAACUAACUUUAUUUAUAUACUGGAUAGCUCUAUCAGUUCUAAACUGUUCUUCCUAGAUGUUCAGUAAGAAAAGUUUCAAUCAGCAUCUUAUAAUUUUGUCUGUAUUGUUUCCAUUUAGAGAGGUAAUUUUGAAGGCUGUAGUCAUCGUUGUUGUGUUAAUAAUCAGAGUUUUUCAGGGAUGUUGCUUUACUGGACACUUUAUUAUGAUCGGUAAUAGCGUGACAUCGGAAUUAAGAGCGACUGCUCACGGUUUUGCUAUGACUACUGUUUGUGCUGCUAGGUUAGUAAGGAAGAGUAUUUGUCUUAAUCAGACUGUAGUGGAUAGCUCUAUCAGUUCUAAACUGUUCUCCCUAGAGGUCCAGUAAGAAUAAUUGAUUGAUCUAGUGUUACUACAGGAAGAAACCUAAACUAAACUAACUUUAUUUAUACUGGAUAGACCUAUAAGUUCUAAACUGUUCUCUCUAGAGGUCCAGUAAGAAUCAUCUCUUAUUGAUCCAGUGUUACUAGAGGAGGAAACCUAAACUAAACUAACUUUAUUUAUACUGCAUAUCUCUAUCAGUUGUAAACUGUUCUCCCUAGAGGUCCGGUUAGGGCCAUCCCUAUUAUUGAUCCAGUGUACUAGCCCCUAGAAACCAGAUGCGUCAAUAUAUUGUAUUAAUUCUCCAUUUCCAGAACUGUUUCUCCAACCGUGGCGGGCAGUAUGUUCUCAUGGUCCAUCACAUCUGGUUUGGGGUUCCCAUUCAACGAAAAACUUGUAUUUAUAUUUAUUGGAUUUGUAACCUGGCUUGCGUUGGUCGUUGCCUGUUGCUUAGAUGAGGAAGCUGUUACUAAACAGACUACAAACUGAAUUAUGUUGUUCAUACGAAGAAAGCGCGUUGUGUCGUUAUUUGUGACGAGCAGAUGAGGGUCUGACCUCUUUGGAAAGAGGCUAAAAUUCUGUUGGAGAUUUUGUGGUUGUUCGAGAAACUAUAUUUGAAACUUGAGGUAUUGGUGAGAGGGAGGUUUUCAAGAUAUAUGCCGGGUAUAUAAGUAGGUAAUGAAUUAUUUGGUUUAGUGUUUAUUUAUUUAUGUUUAGGUGGAAGGAUUUGGUUUGGUAGGUUGGUGUGUGAGGAGGUGGGGGUAGGAAAGUGGGUGGUGUUAAAGAAGUGAGUGGGGUUAAAGUAAUUAGGUGGUAGUGAGGUGAUGAGGUAGGGUGGGUGUGUGUGUAAGGUCGGUAGUGUGUGUCAUUAUGUUUAGACUUUGGGUGGCUGUCAGGAAAUUCGAGAAAAGGUUUAUACAUACCACAACAUAUGGUAUAUAUAUGGUAUUAUAUGAUAUUUGUAUUUGUAGAGGUUUGGUUUAGAGUUGGGUGUUUGGACUAGGUUGACCAGUAGAUAAAUUAUUCUUGGAGACAUUAAUUUAUACUGUUUUCAAAUCAUUAACUGAUCCAUGCAUAUAUGCAUUAAAUUUCAUUCACUUUUUCAUAUCUACGUAACAAAGAAAUAUACUAUUAGAUAAAAAAUUUGCAUAAUAAAGAUAAAAAUAUGGAUUUCAAGAGGUAUUGAUAGCUCUUCAGAGGCAAUAUAUAUUAUCUAAUGAGUGGGCACUGCCAAUCUCUUAAUAAACUAUAGUGUGUUCCUUCAGGAAAUAUCUCGGCAGCAGUAUUCUGGGUUCAGUUAGCAGUAUACAUCAGUUCCCACAGAUCAAGUCUAUGAUCAUAAAAUGAGCAUGUGGCCAUUACUUCAUGUAAGCCAUCCCCAUGAUCACCACCACUCGAACAUCGACCCCAGUCAGCACCAUAGGCCAAAGACUCAUGCGCUGUGUACGAGGCGACCACUUCAGCUUUACCCUCGGACUUUGUAUGAAAUUGCAACACAUGAAACCCUGAAUGACAACACGCUGCUAAAAGAUACUCUGCCUUCCUAGGGUGCCACUUUAGUCUCCAGACCCCUCCCCCAACAUCACAAGUCGCCAAAGGCUCUCUCAUUGAUCGACUGUCCCAGAUGUGAACCUGUUCGUCAUAGCUUCCACUUGCAAAAACAUGCUCCACUAAGGGGUUGCUCUGUAUAGCACAGACCCCCAUAGUAUGAUUCUUAUUCACAAAAAUUGGUUUAUAACAUUCAGUCCGUGUGUCCCAGCCUUUUAACAAACAAUCGUCACCUCCCGAGUAAACAAUAUGUGUAUUCCAGCGGUCGUAUGCAGUUAUCCAUGCAUCAAAAUUAUGUGCCUUCCAAUUUUGAUCUAACAAAACUUCACUUCCAUUUUCGGCAAGUUUUACUACAGAAACGCACCCACCCGAGUCGCUGAUGGUGACUUUUGGUUCAGUGUUCCUAGCCCAGUCUAAUGAAAGACUCAAAUUUGGUGAACAAACAUCAAUUGAGCUCAAGUUUUUCAACUUGUAAGCAUCAUUGUUUUCAACCACUGAAUAUAAGUCAAAUUUGCCAGAUGAGCUGGUCACACCUAGUAAUGGUGUACCAUUAUAAUCGCACCAUUUCAUAUCUGUAACAGCCGCAGUCGAAACGGUUUGAACUUCGGACAAACACUUUGAUGCACCGUCAAAUUUGAACAAAAUCAUGCUGCCAAUUCUUGAAUUAUUCUCACUGGAUUUGAGUUCGUCUGGUGCUGAAGUACCUUCAACUAGCUGGUAUGUACCACAUACAAAGUAUGGUGGAUUUGUUGGGCACCAUUCGACACUGUCCGCAUUAAAUUUGGUGUCAAUUUGAGCUAUUGUAGAAAUCUUUGAAGCCAUGAUUUUCUACUAAAAGGAAAGUUUUUACUUUUUAGUGAUCUACUUUUUUAUACAGAUGAUUUAAAAAUGGUCCAGAAUGAGAGUUCACUGUUCAGUAUUUAUAUAUAGGUCAGUAUUUUACAAAGAUUUUGUGCUUCCACAAGCUUCCACCACUAAAGGAAAUUUCGUUUACAAGUCAAAUCAAUAUUACUGUAAAGUCAAACUGUUUUGCUUUAAAAAUAUUUUAGUGUUUGUUUUAAACGUUUAGCACUGUUCAGUUAUUAAUAUAUUGAAAUAAAUUUAACACAACCGCAAAACCUUCUCCGAAAAAGGAAAUAUAUGUGAUUUUCUCUUGAUUUUCGUCGAGAUUUUCGUGGGUGAUAAAACUUCAUUCAUGGAAACACUAAUUCGCUUUUUCGCGCCAGAAAUUCAAAGUAAACAUGGCGUUCUAAAUUCGAGUUUUAAAUUUUUUCAAGUACAAAUUUUUGAACACAUUUAAAGCGAUAUUUCCUCGCUUUUUCUUUGUGAAAGCACGAUGUUUGUUGAGAGACUGAGAGAGGAAAUGUACGAUGUCAUUUCUAAAGAGGUAUGGUUGUAAUUCUGUUUCAUAAUUGAGUUUAAAACACAAAUAAAACUGUAGUGUAUAUUUAAAUACGAAUAUAGUAUGCUAUGUUUUCGUUUUAUAUAUGUCAUAUCUUGGGGUGUUUUAUCAUAAAAUAUGUCUUUGCAGUCACAAAUUACCAGACAAAUAGAUGGAACAGGACAUGUAUAUCACAUAAAUAAAUCCAUUUAUAAACAAAUUGUGUCAUUUCUCAAUUUUAUUGUUCUGUUAAAAGCGAUGAAAUAUUUUAAUUUUUCCUUUUGGCUUACAUAUAGAGAGUGCUGGUUUUGGUGACAAUGAAUGCUGAUGCAUUAUGUGCUUGUAAAAUUUUACAGGUAUGGUAUUGGUCAUAUUGUCCAAACAUAAACAGCAUUUAUACUUAUAUUGAUUUAUCUUGUAUAUUUCCAUCUAGUGGUUAUUUAAAUGUGACAAUGUUGAAUACACGUUGCUUCCAGUCAAGGGUAAAGACGAUCUCGUGAAGGCUUAUGUUGACCAUGCCGAACAGGUGACUUACAUGGAAAUAUUUAGUGAAGUGAUUAAAUGUCGGAUACAGGGUGGUUCCUGAAGGGGCAGAAGGUCUACCCCCCCCCUUCCUGUUGUGAAACCAAGGUUUCACCUCUUGAAAAACAAAGUUUUCUAGCCAAGGUGUUCUGUAGUGCUGUAAAGCAUUUCUCAGGGGAGCAUGCCUCCCGAAUCCUCCCAGGUUGUACCGAUAGAACACUAGUUUUAUUAUCUGUAAGACUUAGCCCCCCCUCCCCCCCCCCCACUUGUUGAGGAAUUCCAGGUGCCCGUACUGGUCAGAUAGUCAUGGUUUUACCACCACUUUGUUCCUUUGCAAUGUGGAGGAAUUUUCCAAGGCAAGCUUCCAUUUUGUGUGUUUAGAUCAAACAUGUUGUUCUGAUAAAUUGUGGAGGGAAUAUGAACAUUUUGGAAUUACUGCAACCCUUGGAUGAUGUUAUAUUUUACAUUGUUGACAGGUCAGAAAAUAUAAUCAUUAAUUAAGAGAUAGGAACUUUAAAGUUAUGAGUCACCUUAAGAAUAUUGCUAGUGGAGAAACUCUGAAACUGGUUAUUGAUAGUAGAAAAACUGCCAAGAGCCACCUUAAUGAAAUUUUUAAUACUUUGAAGCGUCACCUUAAUAAAAGAGUUUUGGUACCUAGAAAACUGCAGAGACCCACCUUAGUAAGACUUUUGCUUGUUGCAAAGUUGCAGAGAGCCACCUUAAUGAGAUUAUUGGUCCUUGGAAUACUGCAAAGAGCCACCUUAUUAACAUUUUUGGUAAUUAGAAGACAAUACUGUAGAGAGCCACCUUAAUACAAAUUUUGGUACUUAAAAAACUGCCGAGAGCUACCUUAAUAACACUUUUGGUCUUAGAAAACAAUACUGUAGAGAGCCACUUAGAAAUCUGCAGAGAGCCACCUUAACAAGACUUUUAGUACUCAGAAAUCUGCAGAGAGCCACCUUAAUGAGAAUCUUGGUACUUAGAAAUCUGCAGAGUGCCACCUUAAUGAGACUUUUAGUACUCAGAAAUCUGCAGAGAGUCACCUUAAUGAGAAUCCUGGAACUUAGAAAUCUGCAGAGAGCUACCUUAACGAGACUUUUAGUACUCAGAAUUCUUCUGAGAGCCACCUUAAUGAGAAUUUUGGUACUUAGAAAUCUGCAGAGAGCCACCUUAACGAGACUUUUAGUACUCAGGAAUCUGCAGAGAGCCACCUUAAUGAGAAUCUUGGUACUUAGAAAUCUGCAGAGAGCCACCUUAACGAGACUUUUGAUUUGGAUUAUGUUAUUAAAUCCGCUUUGAUUUGCUGUAGUCACCGUCCACUGGAUCUAGACAAUGUUUAUAAUCAAGAUCAGAUCAAAAUUUUGAUGAAAGAAGGAGAGACUUUGGAAAUCCCUGACUUUGAUGACAUUUACGCAUCAUCAGACGUACGUAUCAUAAACCAAGGGAUUUCAGUAUUGAUUCAAACUACCGAGUUCUACAUAAUACAAUACCCUUCAUAUUCUAUUAGAGAUAGAGUUGUAAAACAUUUCGAUUUUUUAGGAUGAAGAAGAAGAUGAAGAGGGGACACCUUUGAAAAGAAGAAAAACAGAUGAUUCGGUAAUAUUUGAUUUGAAAUUCUGUACAUUGAUACAAAAGUUGUUUUUCUACUGUCAACCUUUCACACCUCGUAAAUAGUGGGAUCGCGGGGAACCUGUGAAUUUUUCACAAAUACGUUAUGGGAAUGUAUGGGAGAAUCUUAAGAAAUCAUUAAACCAUACUUCUUUAUCUGUCACUGGAGAUAUGUAACAUAAAUACAGUCAAGUGUACUUUGUUGUUGCGUACAUAAUACAUGGCAUAAUGUACGGUCCAAUUUUCCAUUGUUUUUACGCGCUUUUGAAGAACAUUCGAGAAAGCCAAAUUCAAGAUCCGUGGAACAAUAAACACUCGUUUUCAUACUAGGAAUCGCCUCACAAAUCAAAAAAAGAAAAACGUCUUUGGGCAAAGAAAAGGCAAACUACUAUUUACCAAUAUUAUGAAAAUGCCUUUCAUGGAACUUCAGUAAGUGUAAACAUCUGUUUCCAUAUUUUUAUUGCCUUUUGACUAUAUUUAAAGUUUUCACAUUUCAUAUUUUUCAUUUCAGUCCGCAAUGGUUCUUUACGAGCUUUCUUGGAAAAUGAGUAAAGAUUCAAAUUUGCUCUUAUGGUAGGAACGGGAAAACUGGCGUUUCUAAAUUAUGGCAAAAGUUUCUAUCUGAUAUAGUAAAACUUAAAAAUGUUUCUAUAUUUUUUUUGUGAAAGGUGGUCCAUUGUGGGUCUGACUGAUCAGUUGAUUAACGAAAGAAUAGAUAAGUAAGAUUUUCAAACUUAUCAAACAAAACCGUGGGGAAAACACACAAAUGAACUUUGAAUCAUGGUUUUCAGACUACAAAUCUUAAUCAUGAAUGAUGUUUUUGUUAUUUAUUCUAGUGAGAAAUACGUAUCGGAUGCCCAACGACUUCAUGAACAUGUCCUACGUCUGAAUCAUGACACAGAAGAAGAUGGCGCAUCAAUCAACUGCAUGAAAAUCUCAUUUGACCACGAGUAUCCUUAUAUAUACUUUAAAAUAUUCACAGGAAAAUCAUGGGGAUGUUGGUGGGUUUUAUUAUAAUUUCUCAGUUGCUUUUGAGAUGAGUGCUUCCAAUUUGACUCUGCCGAACACCACAGGUUUUCUCCAGAUAUACUCCCGUUUCCAGCUCCAGCAACACUCAUUGAUUUUACAAUUUUUCCUUGACGAAAUUGUACAAGACUUCGUCUAGCAUUGUAUCGACAUUGGUCCAUUUUUGACAGUUUAUGUCAUUCCAGUUUUACUGCAUGCAUGUAAGUUUGUUUUUCGGCUUAACACGUAGUCGUAGAAGUUGUUUUUUUUCACGCACUGUACGUAAAUAAUUUCUACUUUGUCCAAAAACUCAAGGUUUCGUGUUUGGACUCUAAAGGGAAAACGACGGCUGCAUGAGUUUCUGGCUGAGUUAGGGUUAGUAUACCGCAUCCUAUAUUGGUCUAUAUUCACAUUCACCCAAUCACAUGCAAUUUUGAAGAGUAAACGUUUUUUGUCGUUACAUUAUAGUUUACCACUUCAUCAGUGCCAGCAGAAAUUCUCCGCAAUGGACGUAGCUUUGAGAAACAGUUUAAAAGACUCCAUUGUAGACAUUGCAGAAAAAUAUGGGUUAGUUUGUAGCCAGAAGAUACUCUUCCCAGGCCCCGUGUCCAUUUGAAUUAUUUACAAUAUUUACAAAAAUAAAAUUAAAGCUGAUUUACAUAACAAAUUACUAUAUUUACAAUUUAUUUUCGAAAAUUUUUAGUGAGUUGGAUUUCCUUAUUUAUAAUUCAAUUGGUAGUUCUGUUUUUUAUGCGCAAUACUAAUAGGAAAAGACUGCAAGAUUUUUUGUAUUUUUUUUUACACAUCACUUUUUAGGUUGGAAGAGAUUAUGUUUGGAUCAUUUAAUGUUCAACUCGGUUAUAAAAAUAAGGUAAAACUAAACUCUAAUUUAUUUUUAUUGGAUUGCAAAGUUCCGAAAUGUUCUCCCUAGAUGUCCAGGAAGACCUAAAUUCUUUGAUCACUUAUUUUCUUCCAGCUUUGUGCUAGCGAUGUUGUUUUUGCAGUCACGGCGUUGUUGGAAAACUCCACGGUAUAUGGCUUGUCGGUUUUAUUCAUGGUUUCCAUUCUGGUUUUUGAGUGUUAAAUGAACUUUGUUUGUUCUUACAGGAGGAAGGAAAGACUUUCUCUGACAAUUUUCUGGACGCACUUGACGCCCUGACAUGGUGCUCGUAAGUACCCAAGUAAUCUUUUCACCGGCGAUUUCCUCUCUUGUGCUUGAUAUCUCAAUAUAAUCUUUUCAAAAAGGUCGGGUCUGGAGAAGCUUCAGAACGGAUUAGAGCUCUCGAAGAAACAUGUAAGUAGAAAUGAAUGCUAAUCAUAAGCAAACAAAAGCCGCACAGCCCAAACGCGUACCUAAAGCGUCUUUAGUCCCUAAAAGGAUGUUGGUUAGUGCAUCAUGUACCAUUCAUCCCUGUACCCUGCAGGAUUCGUUUGUCUGAUUUCACGUCAAUUGCAACUGUUAAUUUCUAGUGUGGUUAUUUUUUCAAACUUUUAUACAGUCGAAAUUUCCGUCUACAAAAAACCCUUCUGCAAUAAGUUCUAUCGAUUGCGAUGCCCCAAAUCCUGAUAUUUCCCCAUACACCUUACAUUGGCGUCACUCCAGUAUAUAAACAUGAACUUACGGUUACAGAGCUUAACAACUCAUGGAUUCUGUAGCUCAGUUGGGCCAAAAAAAAUAUGUGGGUUUCCUAUUUCUUCUUGUAAAAACUUAGGUAGGGUUGGUCGGUUUUAACUUUUUUUUUUAAAACUUUUUUUAAAAUUUUCCUAACAACCGGACGCCAUUUUGUUUAGUCAGUGCUUCCACAUUCAAAGAUAUAUUUCCCUAAUAUUGCCUCAAAUUUCCAUUUUUUACAAACCUUUCCCUCUAAGUGGAAACACUUACAAACAUGAUCCAAUCAGGGUCGGGAUUUCGGCGUCCAAAAGCUAGGUAGGGUCGGGAAACCGGAAACCCACAUAUUUUUUGGCCUUGGUUAUAGCGCUGCACCGGAAUCGCAGGGCCGCAGGUUCGAUUCCUGCUAGAGGACUUAUAGUUGCAUUUUUCACAACUGUUCCUGAUUAGAUCUAAAUAUUUCCAUCCUGAACAAACUCCUUCCACAGUGAAUUAUAAAUUCUUUUACAGCUUGUUGCUAUCUGGAAUCAGGUUCACUCCUUCAUUAGUAUGCACCAGAUCGUGUGUGCUGGACCAUUUCUCUACGCGCAUGUCCGCGAGGCAAGUGCCCAGGCCCAUUUCCACCCAAGAAAUAUUUCCACGGACAGAAAAGUUUCCGAAAAUAUCAUUGUUCAAAGUUAAAAAAUUUCAACUUCAAAAUUUUUUUCCGACGGAAAAUUUGUGUCCGCCAAUCACAUUUUACAAAAUUUUCUUUCUGCAGAAAAUUUUCCCGAGUGGAAAUGAGCCUUUAUAUAUUAGCUGUGAUUUUUUUUGUGAUUGAAAUUUCUAAAUCCCAAGUUAACGCUUUUAUAUACUUUCAUAUCUACCAUUACCCUUUUAGGGAGCUCCGGAUGUGCAAGUAUUCUCUACGCCAAUCAACGUAACACGACUGGCGCGAUUUGUUCUGAACUGUUACGUCAUCAUGGUAAGUUUAUCCAAGGCUUGAGUUCAUCUAAUGACGUCAGUUUGAAAAACCUUACGAAUCUGAGCAUUUUGGUACUUUGUGGCACCAGACUAUAAUUAUCCUUAUUUGAUCUGCGUAUCUUUGCUUCUAUUAUCUUUUAGUCAAAAAAUAAACGAGCUGCAACUUUGCCAUUUGUAUUGGCGGCACCAUUGGAUCCAGAAACAGGUACUAGCAGUGGCGAAUCCAGCCCAACAAUUUGGUCAUGCUAUGUGGCAAAUGUUUCCGUCUUCAUAGACCGUGAAAACAAUCAAUUUCUAAAGAAAUGAAUAAUGAUAGUGAUUUAAAAUCUGCAUAGCAUGACCAAAUUUUCGGGCUGACUUCGCCACUGGGUACUAGAUUUGUCAACGUAAUCAAAGCUACUGUUUAAACAUGAUAUAAACAUGCAAGUGAAAAGCCUGGUUUAGACUAUCAAAGUUUCUGUGAUCACAAUAGGAAUUUUGCAUAGAUAAAUUUUGAAGGAUUCGUGAGCAAUGUGUGAGAUAACUGAGUCACUGUUUAACACUAUAAGUCAGUUUCCUCAAACAUUUCUUACAAAUCUUUCAAAACUUAGAAUUUACCAAUGCAAAAUUCCUACUGUGAUCACAAAAACUUUGAUAGUGUAAAACCAGUCUUAAAGUGCAUAUGACAUGAAAUUUGUUGUUUUCUUAAAUGAAAGAACUCUUUAAGUUGUAGUGUAACUUAUUUUUCAGUUUCUUGUUUUUAUGGUUUGUUCCCGAGAUAUUUCAAUUUGUUUGAUAUGUAAAUGAGUGUGAAUAUGUCCGCUAAUUUAUGACGUCAUGUUGGUUGCAAGCUCUUCAAAAUGGUUGAAUAUCACUGCUAUCAUCCAGACAUCCAAGAUGAUAAUUUCAAACUUCACUCACUGGUAAAUGUGAUGAAACACUGGAGAAAAACGUAAACUAAUAUCAACAGUUUUUAAAGUUAAUACAUUUAUAACCAGUGUAAGCUGAGCUUGCAACCAACAUGAGUCAUAAAUUAGCGGACAUAUUCACACUCAUUUACACAUCAAACAAAUUGAAAUAUCUCGGGAACAAACCAUAAAAACAAGAAACUGAAAAAUAAGUUACACUACAACUUAAAGAGUUCUUUCAUUUAAAAAAAUAAGAAAUUUCAUGUCAUAUGCACUUUAACACUAUAAUACUAACCAUUUUUCAAAUCUAGGUACUUGCAUUGUGGUAGGAAUUCCUCCAGUGGCUGACGACACAAGAAAGAAGUAUGUGUCUAGUUUGAUAUCAUGAUAGUUGUUAAAAUGGUGAAACUCAUGAUUGGUAAAUAAAGUGGCAAGGAGUUUAAAUUAUGUUUAAUUUUCAGCUUUCUCGGUCGAGCAUUUGAGAUGGCGGCGGAAAAGACCAAAGCAAGAUCACGACAUGAUCAUUGUGAACCUGCAGGUAACGAAUGAUUCAACCCCGUUC